GUGACAUUAAAAUGGCGUCCGGUGCGAACUACAGCCCGCUGCGCGAGGAAGCGAGCAAUGAGGAUCUGUCGGAGCGUCUGGAUUUCGACGAUUCCCCACCCCUUCCUGAGGAUGAUGGGCCGUACCCAAACGCCGGCAACCCCAGGGUUCAAACUGUCGGCCGGCGAGGCUUCAAGGGAAGCAGGGGCUGCAGUAAACUGUCAGCGGUGAUGAUUGUGGGUAUGGUGAUUGUCGCCAUAUUGCUGAUCGCCGUGAUUGCUAGCCUUGCUCGUCCUAAGUGUGUACCGUCCAUCGCGUCGACAAGCCCGCCCAGUGAGCCCCCUGCGCCCGCUGAUGUCACCACGCCGCCGGUGUCCACCACGACGGCGGCAAUUGCCACGAAUGGGGAAAUAUUUCCAUGGGAUGACAUCAGAUUACCCCAAACAGUGAAACCUAUCCACUAUGAUCUCAGUUUAAUAACCAAGAUGAACAAGACGACCGGAUUUAAAGUGGCAGGUGUGGUUAAGAUUGACUUUCGGGCAAAGUCAGCCACAGACCAAAUAGUCAUGCAUUACAAGAACAUGACUGUGUUAAAACCUGACAAGGUCACAGCCAUCGUCGGAGGACAGGAAUGUAGGGUCACCAAGAUGCUCUUCUAUGAGACUCACGAGCAGCUGUACUUGGGUCUCGACAGGGAGAUGGCAGAGGGAAAAUCAUACACCGUGACUCUGCAAUUUUCAUACAGUCUGUCUGACACGCUGGAUGGAUAUUACCUGAGCUCAUACAUGGAGAAUGGCAUAGAAAGGUACAUUGCAUCAACGCAGUUUGAGCCCACAGCUGCCCGCCGAGCAUUCCCCUGCUUUGAUGAGCCUGCUCUUAAAGCGACCUUCACUAUGAAAAUGACCCGAGCCAAAGGGCUGAUAUCCCUGUUCAACACUGCUUUGAUCAGAACAACAACAGCCGAAGAAGGCAUGGAGCAGGAUGAGUUCAACACAACGGUUGCCAUGAGCACGUAUCUGGUAGCGUUUGUCGUGUGUGACUUUGAGAAAAUCAACAGCACCACUGCCAAUGGCACCGAUAUUGCUGUCUAUACCUCCAGAGCCAAGAUCAACCAAUCCCGUUUGGCUUUAGACGUUUUGAAGAAGACGAUUCCCUUCUACGAGAAUUUCUUCGGCAUUGCAUAUCCUCUAUCCAAACAAGACAUGAUUGCCAUUCCGGAUUUCUCGGCCGGUGCGAUGGAGAACUGGGGUUUGAUCACGUAUCGUGAGGCAUCAAUCCUGUACCAGGAUGGAGUCACAUCGUCCAGUAGGAUGCAGUGGAUCGUGGAGACCAUUACUCAUGAACUGGCACAUCAGUGGUUUGGUAACCUGGUGACAAUGGAAUGGUGGAAUGACCUCUGGCUCAAUGAAGGAUUUGCCACCUAUGUCCAGUACAUCGGGACUAACGAGUACAAUCCUGAUUGGCAUAUGAUGGAACAGUUUACAGUGUUUACGACCCAGACGGCAUUAGAAGCAGACAGUCAGGGCAACUCUCACCCCAUCUCUGUGCCUGUGGCUGACCCUAAUGAGAUCAAUGCAAUCUUUGACAGCAUUUCUUAUGACAAGGGCUCUUCCUUAAUCCGUAUGCUGAAUGACUUCCUCCCAGAAGGCAUCUUUUUGAAAGGACUUCAGAAAUACUUGGAGAAAUUCAAGUUUAGCAAUGCGAAGACCAAGGACUUAUGGGAUGCUGUGUCAAAGGCAUAUGAAGGGUCUGAUUUGGAUAUAGCCAGCAUGAUGGAUACUUGGACAUUACAGAUGGGCUAUCCAGUGGUCAAUAUGGUCCGCAAAGGGUCUCAGAUCACCGCAACACAACGGCACUUCUUGCACUCUCCGAAGGCUCAGCCAUCCAAAGACUUUCCCUCAAAGUUCGGCUACAAGUGGACUAUUCCCCUGACCUACAUAACUAGUGAUGAUGUAACUGAGAAGCAUUCUGUUACCAUGAAUAAGAGUGGAGCACCUGAAAAUCUUGAUGUUGAAGGCAAGUGGUACAAAGCCAACUGCGAUCAGUCGGGCUUCUACAGAGUCAACUAUGACUCCGCUAACUGGGAUGCGCUGAUCAAUCAACUAAAUCAGGACCAUUUGAAACUCAGUGUAGCUGACAGGGCCAACUUAGUGGAUGAUGCGUUCAGCCUGGCAUGGGCUGGUCAGUUGGAUCAGAUAAAGGCCUUGAGUCUGUCCCGAUACCUAGUGAAGGAGACAGAAUACAGUCCCAUUAAUGCAGGACUCAACAAUCUCUUGAAGAUAAGCAAAGUCCUGCGGAAUACAGAAGGUUACGGUGCAUUUGUAGAAUACAUACUGAAGUUACUGUCUCCACAGCUGGAGAGGUUUGCAAGGAACGGCUGGGAUCAUGAGGAAUCUCACCUGCAAGGGUUUCUUAAAAGCGUGGUUAUCUAUGAUGCAGCGGCCCUUGGACAUCCUGGAACAGUUGACAAUGCGACCAAGCUCUUCCAGGAAUGGCGGAAUAACAAUGCAGAGGUCCCAGCCAAUCUGAAGAAUGCUGUGUACUGUGCCGGCAUCAAGUAUGGCAGUAGGGAUGAUUGGGACUUCUGCUGGAAGCAAUACCAGACCACACUUGUUGCCAGCGAGAAGAGGGUUUUGCUUUCAGCUUUGUCUUGUACUAAUGAUCCGUUCCUCAUCAACAGAUAUCUGUACUAUUCAAUGGACGAAGACAAGAUACCAAGCCAGAAUACAGGGACUGUCAUCUACAACAUUGCUGGUAAAGCGGCCGGGGCCAAUCCUGCGCUGUCGUUUGUUAUUGAGAACUGGGAUGCCAUAGUGGACAGGUUUGAAGGCAGUCCGUUUGAAUUACCGUACAUCAUCCACGCUGUUACUUCAAGCAUUGCCAGGCAGUAUGAAUAUGAUCAGGUUUCCAAGUUUUUCUUGGACCAUUUCAACGAGUCCAAGACAGGCAAGCGGGCGGUACAGCAAGCCAUUGAGAACAUGCAGGCCAACGUGGAUUGGCUGGCGGCUCACAAGACCGAGGUGACAGACUGGUUCAAAGCAAACACAGGGCCAGCCUCAGCAGGGGACUCUAGAUAGCUAUGACUUGGCUGUGAGUAUUGAUAUCAGCGUGAGGGUUGAAGACAGGGUGCCAUACUUAGAGACUGUAAGGCCAUGUCCAAAUUACUUGGCUAUGACUUGACACACAAGUCUAUGAGAAGUGGCUGCAGCCGCUGCCAUAGGCACGUGUGUAAUUCAAGCCGUAGCCAAGUCAUUCGGACACUGCCUAAUUAUAAUGCCUCAUCCGAAUUAGUUGACUAAGGCUUGUAAUCACACAUGCACCUAUGGGACCAACUGAAGCAACAUCCCAUAGACAUUUGUGUUACUGCCUGCCUUAGUGGAGUGAUUUGAAUGCAGCCAAAGUAUUGAAAUAACACACAGCAGAAGACAGGUACCAUUCUAUGGAACUGAGAGUAGUGAGGGUCAGCAUACAACAGAAGACAGGGUACCAUACCACAGAACAGUAAGGAGUUUAUGAAAUCAAGGCUUAGUAUCUGGCUUAGGCUUCAGGGUCUAACUUGAUAAUUGUAGUCUCCUGACUUGACAGACUGCAGGACAACAUAGGUUCAUAUUCUGCUAUUGAGACACCAAUUUUUGACCUUGGUGGCAGGAUUUAUAUAAAUUUUUGGCUGGGGACGAAGCCAAAUGCGGGGACCAGGCCAGGGUUUUGUAAAUCCUUUCAGUAUAGAAAUCAGCAUACAACCAAAAUCAGGGUACCAUUUCAAGAGACUUGAAGCAAUGAUAGCAGCAUGCAACACAAGACAGGGUACCAUACUUAGGGAUGAUAUGUAGUAAAAUCAGGGUAAAAUAGAAGACAGGGUACUGUACUAAUGCAAUCAAUUAUCCACCUGUUGAGUUGAGUUUACCUUUACAGUUUAGUUGAUACAUAAAUAUCCACCUUGGUACAUUUUGGAGUAAAUGGGUAUUUGACAUUUCAGUUGGUAGCUACAUGUAGCAAAGAAACAUAUAUCUCCUAAAUAUCAGCACUAUGUGUUACUUGUGUACUUAAAAAGGACCUUUUCUCCGACUGUUUUAGAAAACUCUGAGGUGUAUUAAUUACGGUAGAGCCAAAGCCCAAAAGAUAUUCCAAAAUUGUUUCAAUCUGAUAAACUUACUGAGCAGUAUUUUGGGCUUCGUGGCCAUUUUUUUGGCUCACUUUUCCCAUAUAAGGGCGUAUCCAACUCCUCUUUUUGUUUACAUUCAGAUGCACAUCUUAAUUAUCACAACAGCCUCCUCUAAACAAUACAGCUAGUUCCUGCUCUGAUUCAAGAUCAUUCAGCCUCUAUUAUGCAAUGUGUUGUUGUAGUAGGAUAGCAUUGUGUACAACAAUGAUGUAUUUCCAAUGAAAUUAUUGUGACAAAUAUCCUAACAUUUCUCCACAUAUCUGAUCCAUCAAUAAAUGUUACUCACUUGAAAGUGGAUAUUAUAGCUAAAUGAAUAUUGCUUGAUUUCAGACAUUUUAUAAGAUGGAAUUUGUGUCGGGGAGAUGUAAAAAAAAAAAUGUAUUGAAUUUUGCCUUUCACUGACGUAUUUUCUAAAUAUACUAAGUGUUGUCCAAGGGCUUGCGAGAAAACUUCACAAGCCUACUGGGUCUUGGGUUCGAGUCCCAUCCGAGUAAGCUUGUGAAGUUUUUCCUGCAAGCCCUUGGGCAACACUGAGUAUACAGUGUGUAUAAAAAUAUGGCCGCGAUAUGUAGCUUGGGUGAGUGCUUCAAAAAAUAAGAUAUUGAGUUUUCUUACAAGCACAAAUAUGAGUCUUUUUAGUGCAGGCGAAUGUGCAUUACCUUUGUUUUAUAUAAUACUCAGCUAAAUAAAAUUAUCUUCAAGUAAACUUGAAUCCUCGAUCCUGAUUGGUUGAUCCAUGGCAACAACAGUGUGAUAUUAUACCUAAUACCAUGGUGCAUAUCGCACACUGUGUAUCAUGCUAUUCCAAGAUAUGCGCGAUGAUCCUUCUGCAUGCACGUGUAAUACGAUAACAGCUGAAAAGUUUGUGUACAGCGUGCCUGUUUGAUCUUUACUGUGCAUCAAGUUUGCUUGAAAAUAAAUUUGUUAUCUCACAAGCGCGAGUGGAACACGGAAAAUGUAGUGCGUCCACUCCCACUCGUGGGAUAACUGAUACAGGUUGCAGGGUUUCACAGUAUUCUACAUAUCUGUAAUGUCUCUUAGCAGAUAACUAUAACUUCGUGUUCCAUGUAAAUGUACCUAAAUGUAUGUCCAUUCGUGAAAAAGUAACAUUUAAAACAACUAAGUAUUGAAAUAUUGUUGCAUGUAUUAUAUAUUUUCUAUACUGUAUAUGGUUCAAAUAGUUAGCUAGCUAGAUGAUAAAUAUAUGCCUAAAUUUAUGAUAUCUUUAUAUAGGUUUCUGAUAUGUCUAUAUUCUAAUUAUGAUAGGUGUGUUGUGUGUUUUGUUGUGAGGUGUGGACCUGGAAAGGGGCUUCAGUUUUUUCUUAAAAUGAAAACAUUUUCAGUGGAGUAAGUAUCUUCAGUAUUCAACACUUGUACAGUUAGCUUCGUAUCAGUGUUAUUGGCUGGAUAUUUUUCAUUGUUACAUCUCUGUUUACUGCAAUCAAACUGUCAUUCCAUUGUGCUUUUGCAUAAAUAUACACAUAGAUAUAUGUUUUUGCAUAAUUAAAGUGAGUUAAGAUAAUUGUGUGCAGUGAUAUAAAGUU